AUGUCAUUAUAUACUACUAUUGCAACCCCGAAUGGCUUGCAAAUAAAGCAGCCAUUAGGACUAUUUAUUAACAACAAGUGGGUGAAAACAAACCAGAAAAUCGAAGUUAUCAAUCCCUCUACUGAGCAGAAGAUUGUUUCGGUAUAUGCCGCGGGAGAAGGAGAAGUUGAUGAGGCCGUGGAAGCUGCCAAUAAAGCUUUCAAAGAUCCUUCUUGGUCAGGCAUAACAGGAUCCGAAAGAGGCGAUUACUUGUACAAGUUCUAUGAGAUAAUCAAACGUGAUGCAGAGAAAAUUGCUUCAAUCGAGUCGUUGAAUAACGGCAAGCCUUAUGAGUCUGAGUGUUUAGCGGGAGACUUAGUGGAAUCCUAUUCUGUUUUCAAAUACUAUGCUGGUUGGGCUGAUAAGAUCACUGGUCAGUUCAUAGGCUCCCAGGUGUUAGGAAAAGAUAAGAUUUGUUACAUUGACCCUGUUCCUUUGGGCGCCGUGGGAGGAAUUGUUCCCUGGAACUUCCCCUUCAUGAUGAUGGCGUGGAAAAUAGCCCCUGCUUUGGCUACAGGUAACACUGUGGUGAUGAAAUCUUCAGAGAUAACUCCUUUGACAGCUUUAUACUACGGUCAGAUUGCUUUGGAAGCUGGUCUACCUAAGGGAGUAUUAAAUAUCAUUUCUGGCUACGGUAAAGAUGCAGGAGUUGCGUUGAGUUUGCAUCCCAAAUUGGCUAAAAUUGCGUUCACUGGUUCCACUGCGACUGGUCAAAAGAUCAUGCAAUCCGCUGGCGUCUCUAAUUUGAAGAAGGUCACUUUGGAGUGUGGUGGUAAGUCUCCGUUCAUCAUUUUCGAUGAUUGCGAUAUGAAAGCUGCUUUGGAAUGGGCCUUUGCAGGAAUCUUUUACAAUAAGGGAGAGGUCUGUACUUCAACCUCUCGUUUCUAUGUUCAAGAUACUAUCUACGAUGAAUUUGUCAAGAAGUUUGUUGAAUACACGGAAAAGAAUGCUAUUGUCAGAGAACCGUUUGAUAAAGACUGCACUAUUGGACCGUUGGUCUCGCAGUUGCAGUACGACAAGGUGAAGAAAUACGUGGAUAUCGGAGUAAAGGAAGGUGCCAAGCUUGUUCACGGUGACUUUAUCAACGGUAAAGGUUUCUUCUGUAAGCCGUUCAUUUUCACCGAUUGUACAGAUGACAUGAUCAUUAUGAAGGAAGAAAUAUUUGGCCCUGUUGUUGCCAUUGCCAAGUUUUCUGGUGUCGACGAGGUUAUUGAAAGGGCUAACAAUACCACUUAUGGAUUGGCUGCUGCACUAUUCAGUAAUAACAUCACUAAGGCACAUAAUGUCGCCUCUAGAUUACAGGCAGGUAUGGUUUGGAUUAAUUCCAACGGAGAUUCUGAUAUUCAUAUUCCAUUUGGAGGAGAGAAAAUGUCCGGAAUGGGAAGAGAAUUGGGAUCAUAUGCGUUAGACACGUUUACUCAGCAAAGGGCCAUUCAUGUCAAUAUGACACUACCGUAUUGA